UUUAUCUGUGAACUGUUUAUGAAACAGCCUAUCACACACAUUCUGUGGUGCCUGUGGAAGAACAUGAAAUGUUUCUGUAGGACCACCAGUGUUCAAAGCUCCUGCAAGUCUUUGCAAGUUGGCAACACUUCUCUACUUCUGUCUGGAAAUACCUCUACAGUGAAGCCCACCAACCAGCCCAUGUAAAGCAUGAUAGGAGAGAAGCGGUUAUUGCCCUUGAUGCUAAUGUCUGUGCUGAGUUUACUAACACUACAGACAUCAUAUGGAGAGCCCUUGGCAGAGGAGUCCUGCACGGUUCAGAUCCUUGUCCCUGGACUCAAAGGAGAACCAGGGGAGAAAGGACAAAAAGGUGCACCAGGGAGACCAGGAAGAGUUGGCCCUCCUGGAGAGAUCGGUCAACCUGGGCUUAAAGGUCAGAAAGGCAUAAUGGGACGUUAUGGAAAAGUGGGCCCAAGUGGGAUGAAAGGGGUAAAGGGAGACAUGGGGGAUCCAGGUCCAAGGGGCCCUAAUGGAGAUCCUGGUGUUCCAUGCGAGUGCGCACCAAUGAGAAAGAUGAUUGGAGAAAUGGACAUACUUGUGGCCCAGCUCUCCUCUGAAUUGAAAUUCAUUAAAAAUGCACUGCCCUCCCCUGCAGCUGUUGCUGGCAUAAAAGAGACAGACAGUAAGGUCUAUCUGUUGGUGAAGGAGGAGAAACGCUACUCCGAAGCUGAGGUCUACUGUCAGACGAGGGGAGGGCACCUGGCCAUGCCCAAGGAUGAGGGAGCCAACACGGCUAUCGCAGGUUACAUAACCGAAGCGGGCCUGAAUAGAGUCUACAUUGGCAUUCAUGACCUGCACCGUGAGGGUGUUUUCACCUACGUGGAUCUCUCCCCUAUGACCACUUUUAGCAAAUGGAGAAAAGGAGAGCCCAACAACGCCUAUGAUGAUGAGGACUGUGUUGAGAUGAUGGCCUCUGGGGAGUGGACUGAUGUGGCGUGCCACCCUACCAUGUAUUUUGUUUGUGAAUUUGACAAGGACAGCGUGUGAGCUCAGUCUACGCUAAAGGGACUGCUUUAAGAAAGGCUGCAUAAAAUGGAACAAAAGUUAGAUGUAUUGUUCGUGAUAUAGUCUGUCUUUUAUCUGUAUAUAGGAUGACAAAAUUACAUGCAAGUUGUGCAAACUGGUAUAUGUCCUACUUUCUCUGUUCCUCAUAAGUUUAUAAGGUAUUUAUUUUCGAGUUUUUGUUCUUUUGUGAGAAUUUAGUAGUACACCCUUAAUCUCACGCUCCGUGAUUCACUUGUGUUUCUAACAGCAUGCCAGGCAAUGUAUUGAGUCUUUAUGUUAUGCAAACUAUCCACUGAGCAAUAUUUGCAACAGUACCAUCAACAAACAAGACAAAUAAGCAAUUGUAGAAGGCUGUUUGUGCAUAAAAUAUGAAAUUAAAAGGUUUUGGUUCCAGUUAGGUGCUUUUAAUCAGAGAAAUGGAGUACAAUAUUCAUUCUAUAUACAUAUUCAUAUAAUAAGUUAUGUGGUGGUUGGUGUCAAAUAAAGAUUCACUGAUAAUAAAAGAAAAAAAACCUAGAGAAA